CAUAUAUUUUAUCUUCAACAUUGACGCCCUUGAUUCAACACAAUCAAGAAUAUCGUGUACGCAUCUCUCCGUCUUCUCUGGGUUUCAUUAUUAGUACUCACUCUCAAUGCCGAGAUCAUCGCGUUACGAUCUUCCCAUAGGCUGAUCUACAAUCGGAGCGAUCGAUUCGAUUUCGAUUUCGAUUUCGAUUUCGAUUUCGCACUGUGCUCAUCAUUCCCUAACUGUGUACUACUACUACUACUACUAAUUUGGGGUUUUAGGGUUUGGAAGAGCAUCGAAUAAUGCCUUCGGUGCUGACCAUUGAAUUCCUUACCCGCCCUUUUGUUCCUUACCUGACCUCUUUCCAUGGCGCUUCAAGCUUUCACCGUCUGAAAAGUCUUGAAAAGUGUGAUCGGCGUGGUAAUCUUAGUUAACACUUGCUUUUUUUCGUGUUUUUCUUUUUGGGUUUUGUUUUUCAUUUUUAAUCAGAUCGUAUCGAGCAAAGUUACCCAAUUAUUCGUUGACAAAUCGGCGAUCGAUCGAGCCGUUGCGAAAUCUGAAUUGCCUCUGAAACAGCAGUAUUGAUUGUGGGGUUCCCUUGUUUUGACUUUUGUUUCACAGAGCUUGCGACUUCAGUGAUGGACAUUGGUUCUACAUCAAUUUCAAAAGAUGCGAACAGUUCACAUGACUUGAAGCAGUUGCAUCUGGAGCCAUCACAAUGUAAUGGUGGUGUCAUAGAAAGUGUAUCUAAUGACCUUGGGAAUGAUCUGGGUGAAUUUCUACAUAUUCAGGAUGACCAUAAAUUGUCACUAAACUCCAUUUUGCCUCAAUCUUCUGAUGAGAAUGAAAACAGCACUGUGGAGAAAGAAGAUGAAUGUGAAGAGCCCGAUCAGACUGGAUCGACCAUUGUAACUUCUGAUAAAUGCUUAUCCAAGUGCACAACAUUUCCAUUGUCUAGUGAGAAAUCACCAUUUGCCGGGUCUAUUGAUCUGGAAGAUGGGGACAGGGAGGGUGCUGAAGUGGAAGAUGAAGAGGAAUCUGCUGCAGUGGUGAAGCAAAAUUACUAUGAAUCUGUUAUGCCAGCUCAAACUAAACAUAUAUUGUUGCCUACUCCUUUGAAACUUGUAUCUGCCAUGAAAGGUAGCCGUGAGAAACAGGGGACACCACCAAUGAAUCUGACUGUGACAUGGGCUCCAGACGUGUACGAUCCGUCUCCAGCAGCACCAACAUGUGUGAGAAUCAAGAAACCACUGUCCAAGACUGAAAGGAAGAAAAAAGGAAAGAACAAGCAGAAGGGCAGCAAACCUUCUAAAGGGGGCAGCAGCGGCAAGGACAAAAAACAGGUUCGAAAAAAUGGUGGUGGGAGUUGUAACAAGUGCCACCAAUCGCUGAAUGACGCUAAUGACAGAGCGGUUGAUUACAAUGAGGCUUCUGUGGAACUGGGGGAUUUUGACGUUGGUAGCCCGGACUCAUAUUGUGGGACUAGUUUCCUUGAGAAAUACAUGACAAAGUUGCAUUUUCCACUUGCGGAGGCUACAUAGACGACUACUAUUUUCAGUCACUUCAUUAGUCAUCCAUUUGUUAUUGGCGGUGUAGAUAAAUAAGUACCGGUUUAUGUUCUUGUUGCGGUGUUGUUGAUCUGUGGCUGUAAUUGUGCUAUGGAAACAUUUGACGAUUUUCAUCUGCAGUGCUUUUGUUGAUGAGCUGCUAUGAUACCUUCACAAACUUGUGGUUUUGUUCUGGCCUCAGAGUUGAGUGAGAGUUUGUUUUUUUUCUCUCUAUUCUGGCGAGUAAUACAAACACAAGAAACACACCACGCGUGAGGUGUUUCUUGUUUCCUUGUAUGUAUGAUGAUGAUGAUGAUGAUGAUGAUGAUGCUUGUUCAUAA